AUGAGCCAUGAAAACCAACAAUACUUUAUUUUCACUUCUUGGAAAAAUAGCAGAAAUGCAACUCAAAUCCAUGAAGAAUUGGUGAAUGUAGAAGAGAAACAAGCACUGUCUAUUAGUACAAUUAAAUGCUGGAUUGCUACAUUCAAAGAUGGGAAAGAAGAAAUUAAAGACAAGACCCAUUCUGAAUGUCCUCAUGAAGCAGUGAUAUCAGAAAAAAUUGCCAGGGUUGAGGAUCUUGUUAGCAAUAAUCCAUAUAUUUCUAUUAAAGAAUUAGUUAAUAAAGUUGGUAUUUUCCAUGAAAGAAUUUCUUAUAUUUUGCAUGAAGAGCUGAGUCUCCACAAACUCUGUAUAAAAUAG